AUGAGUGCCUCGUCUGCGGUCGCCCGCAGGGCGGCAGCUCGCAACCCGCUGCUGCUAGGAAACGCCAGAAACCUCCCCCGAGGCAUCUCGCCCGCCUUGAUGGCCCGACAUGUCGCAAGGCAAGCCCAAAUCCCGGCCCUCGCCCUCCUCAUCCCCGCCCGCCACAUGGGCACCGAGCAUCACCGGUCCGAUGCGCACAACUCGGGACCGCCUCCCGGCUUCAACGUGCAAGAGGCUAAGAAGCCGCUGUCCAAGGAGGACGCAGCCGCGGCCAAGAAGGAUGGCGCCGACGCCGGCGGCAAGGCGGCGCCGCCCAAGCAGCCCCAGGACAUGACCAAAACCGAGGCCGCCAUUACCGAGCUGGCCGCGAAAAAGGGCGACGCCGCCGAGAGACACGAGUUGGCAAAGGCCGAAAAGGAGGACAAGAAGCUCACGGUGUGGCAAAAGGUCAAGAAGGAGGCGCGGCAUUACUGGGACGGCAGCAAGCUACUCGCCGCAGAGAUCCGCAUCAGCUGGAGACUGGCGCUCAAAAUGGCGGCCGGCUACGACUUGACGCGCAGGGAGAAUAAGCAGCUGCAGAGGACCGUCAGGGAUCUCGGCCGCCUCGUCCCCUUCUCCGUCUUCAUUAUCGUGCCCCUGGGCGAGGCGCUGCUCCCCCUGGCCCUUAAGCUCUUCCCCAACAUGCUCCCCAGCACCUUUGAGGGCCAAAAGUCAAAGGACGCAAAGGCCAGCCUGCUGCGGUCAACGCGCAAUGAGGUCAGCGACUUUCUGCAGCAGACGCUCAAGGAGACGGGCCUGCCUCUGAGCCCGGCGACGGCGCAAAAGGAGGAGUUUGGCAACUUUUUCCGCAAGGUGCGGUCGACGGGCGAGGCGCCGACAAAGGACGACGUCAUCAAGGUGUGCAAGAUCUUCCGCGACGACAUGACGCUCGACAACCUGUCGCGGCCGCAGCUCGUGUCCAUGUGCCGGUACAUGAACCUUAAUACGUUUGGGACCGACAUGAUGCUCCGCUAUCAGAUUCGCCACCGCAUGAGGCAGAUCAAACGCGACGACAAGGCCAUUAGCUUCGAGGGCAUCGACAGCCUGACGGUGGCGGAGCUGCAGACGGCGUGCGCGGCUCGCGGUAUCCGCACCCACAGCGUGUCGCCGGCGCAGAUGCGGACGGACCUGCAGACGUGGCUCGACCUCCGCCUCAAAGAGGGCGUGCCAUCGACGCUGCUGGUGCUCAGCAACGCCUACAUGUACGGGCAGGGGUCGGGCGAGGGGUCAAGCCAGGUUGACGCGCUCAUCGGGGUCAUGUCAUCGAUCCCCGAGGAACUCUUCCACGAGAUCGAGCUCGAGGUGCACAACGCCGAGGGCGCGGCGACCAACAAGCAGCGGCUCGAGGUGCUCAAGGAGCAGCAGGAGCUGAUUGAGGAGGAGAAUGAGCAGAACGAGGAGAGCCAGAGCACGGGCAUGGCGACGCCGCGCGAUGUGGACGACAUUGACGAAAAGGAGGAGCGGCAGCUGUCGGCCGAGGCGGCGGGCGUGGAGAAGUCGGCGGCGGGUGAAAUGGUGGACGCGGAGCGUGACAUGGCCAAGGCCGAGGAGGUGGAGGGCAAGGCGGCCGAGGGCGUCAAGGCCAAGAAGGACUAG